UAUCUAAAUAAAUUGUAUUAUUACCAUGAAAAUUGUGCAUUGGAUAAGCAAUUAUAUUAAUUUAUUUUUUAAGUCAAUCUUCUCAAAGAAUCAAAGUUCAACAACAUUCUUUUAUAAAACAACAAAACAAGACAAACAACUAAAACUUAUUUCAUGGGAAUUUGAGAUAAUUUGAAAAAUUUAUGUGGUUUUCUAUAUAUUUUGUAUUAAAUUAUACUAUAGUUGAACACAAACUUUUGUCUUACAUUCGUAUAAUUUUUCUUUAAUAUAUUUUAAUUUAUAUGUAUUUGCAUUGGUAUAAAUAAAGACAAAUAAAACACUAUACAUAUCUCAUUUCCAUGUGGCCACUAUAAUUAUUGCUCUAUAAAAUCCAAAAAUACACACAAAAUAAACAGCGGAAAGCUUACAACAAGUCACAAGACUCAUUAGGCUUUCAUACUCUGAUGCAAAAAUCGUGAGAGAUGUCUCUCUUCUACGAUCUCCAAAUCAAUAUCAAUGGAGAAUACACAUUCUUCCUCAAUCAGGAUGUGAUCUCAAAGUACUCUGGGAGCUUAAGGAAGAUGAUAAAACAGAGCAAGAAGAAGAGAAACAAGAAGAAUAAAGAUCCAGAAGUCAUCACUAUCGAGAUCGACGAGUUUCCAGGUGGACCAGAUGGGUUUGAGUUGGUUUCAAGGUUCUGUUACAACAACGGAGGAAUCUCAAUCGAUGUCUCAAAUGUCUCGACUCUGUACUGUUGCUCUGUUUUUCUAGGCAUGACAGAGAAGCUCUGUUUCUCUAACCUUCUGACUCAGACAGAGACUUUUCUUGAAGAAGUGUUCUAUGGUUCUUGGAACGACAUCGUUUUAAGCCUCAAGAACUGCGAGCAAGAGCAAGUGUUCCUCCACGCGGAUUCGUAUGGUCUCGUCGAUAAACUCAUUUUCUCAGCUUUGACAAAAAUCUCUCGGAGUUCAGAAGCCUUCUCUCCCUCUUCUCCGUCUUCUUCUUCGCCUUCGUCGGCCAAGAACACGCCUGAAUCAGACAAAAGGUUAACUUCUUGGACAGUUUCUUGCGGAAGAAGCAACGAGUGGUGGUUUGAUGAUAUGUCAAGUCUCUCCCCAAUGAUCAUCUUGAAGCUAAUAAGGAUCACUGGAGCUUACAAAACCAACGUAAAAAGUUUGGUACUAACUAAGUUUCUUCUUCAUUAUCUCAAGACAAGACUCCAAACCAAGUCAAACAAGACAGAGCUUAUGAGGAACAAGCUUGAGUACUCUGAGUUAGCUGAUACAGCGGUUAGAGGAGUGGUUUCAGCUGGUAAAACAGCGUUUUCUUGCAGGAAACUCUUCUGGGUUCUUCGUGUUUUAUCCAGUUUUACUCUAAGUAGAGAGUCAAAGACCGGUUUGGAAACCCUAAUUGGAGAAAUGCUGGAUCAAGCAACACUUGAUGAUCUUCUGAUACCUGCAGCUGGAGGAAGCAGAGAGAGUGGGUUUUACAAUGUUGAUCUUGUGAUAAGGUUGCUGAAAAUGUUUGUGAAGAGCAGAGAAGAAGAAGAAGAAGAAUCAAAUGUGAAAGAAGUUGGGAGGUUGAUUGAUAAGUAUUUGAGAGAGAUAUCUCCAGAUCAGAAUUUGAAAGUAUCCAAGUUCCUUGGAGUUGCAGAGAGUUUGCCAGAUUCAGCUAGGGAUUGCUUUGAUGGAGUUUACAGAGCCAUUGACAUCUAUCUACAGUCUCAUUCGAAUCUGACACCACAAGAUCGAACAAAGAUAUGUCGAUGCCUCAAUUACAAGAAACUAACAAGGGAGACCUGCAAACAGCUUGCCAGAAACCCUAAGAUCCCCCCAGACGUGGCCGUUCAAGCACUCAAGUCCAGUUGUGAAAAUCAAGAACACAGGACUCAAGAGGUGAAACUUGUAAACAAGAGUACGUGUCGUAGUCGUAGACACUCACAAGACAAGAAGCAUGUAAUGUUGCACCUCAAAGGCUUUGAGAUAUCAGAGAAAUUAGCUGAGGAGUUGAAGACUAAAGGAGGAUAUAACUGGAAGGUUAUGGAUAGUUUCAGAGAAGGGUUAUGACUUAUGAGGUCAAAUGGUAAUCUCACUUGCGUCCCAGUGUUGUACAGAGUUUUGUACAAAUAAUCAGUUCUGCGUUUUCAUAUCAAAAGCUAUGAAUGAAUUUAUGAACAUUACCUUUCACUU